UUCUAAAUUCAAAAUCCUUCAAAAACCCAAUCACUCUUUCAUCCAAAUCCUUUCAGCCCUAAAUCCCAAAUGGCUCGUACAAAGCAAACCGCCCGAAAAUCCACCGGAGGGAAAGCUCCGAGAAAGCAAUUAGCCACAAAAGCUGCCAGAAAGUCAGCUCCGGCUACCGGAGGAGUGAAGAAGCCUCACAGAUUCAGGCCAGGGACUGUGGCGCUUCGUGAGAUCCGCAAGUACCAGAAAUCAACUGAGCUUUUGAUCCGUAAGCUCCCGUUCCAGCGUUUGGUUCGUGAGAUAGCUCAGGACUUCAAGACCGAUCUCCGUUUCCAGAGUUCGGCUGUGGCUGCGCUUCAGGAAGCUGCUGAGGCUUAUCUCGUUGGUUUGUUUGAGGACACAAAUUUGUGUGCUAUUCAUGCUAAGAGGGUUACUAUUAUGCCUAAGGAUAUUCAGCUUGCUAGGAGAAUUAGGGGUGAGAGGGCAUAAAGUGUGAAUCUACGGUAGCUAUGGUAACUUGUAAUUGAGUAUAUGGUAGACGGGUUUCUAGGCUUUGCAGUGUAUUUUGGUCCAGAAUUUUCUCAAUUCUGGAUAUGUAGUCGAAUUAAAAGUAUUUUAAUGAAAAUACCAGUGUUUCUUUGCCAAA